AUGACUCCAGCGUCGGCCCCUUGCCCCGAGGUUCAGCUGUAUCAACACCGCGGCGGCCAUAACCUAGCGCCUGCCCAGAGUGCUCAGAUCCUGCGCUUUCUCCUCCUAGGUUGGAGAGUUGAGGCCAUUGCAGCUGAAUAUCAUGUUGGCCGUACAACAGUGUUUGCUAUACAGCCAAAUCUCCUCCGCUACGGCUCGAUUAGGAAGCUGUAUUUCCGUCAAAUUGGCCGUGCCACAAAGCUAUCUAAAGCCGAUAAAAAUGCACUGUUUGAACACCUCCUUUCACAGGGAUGGUGUCAGCGAGCUGAGUUGGUCGGGUGGCUGUUUUAUAAGCGUGCACGUAAAUCAGUUGCCUCAUCGAAUCGGUUGAUUGACCACGCGAUAAACCUACUGAACGACCUCACGGACGACCGGGACUCCAGGAAUGCGUCCUCUCGCCCACUCAUUUUCGUCGCUCAUAGUCUUGGUGGCCUCGUCUGCAAGAAGGCUAUCCUUCUCUCGCGACAUAACCCUGAACCUCAUCUUCGCGGUGUUUUCGAUUGCACAAAAGGCGUCAUAUUUAUGGGCACUCCCCAUAAGGGAGCAUGGAUGGCUGACUGGGCCAAGAUACCUGCUUCCGCUCUUGGGCUUGUGAAAUCCACCAAUGUAAUGUUGUUGGAUAUUCUACAGAGGGACGACCAGCUCCUAGAGUCUAUUCAAAUUGACUUUCUUGCCAUGAUCCGAGAAUUACGAGAGAGCGGCAGGGGCCUCGAGAUCACUUGUUUCUUCGAAGAACUGCCCUUGCCAUAUGUGGGGAAGGUCGUAUCCAAAGAAUCUGCCACUUUUGAGGGCUAUAGCUCUCGAAGCAUUCAUGCCAACCACAAGGACAUGACCAAAUUUGCAUCCGCAGAAGAGAACGGAUUGCGGAGGUUAUUAGGAGAGCUGAAUAGAUGGGUAUCACAAGUUGUUCAAAGCCCAUUCAGGAUUACCCCUAUAACCGAUCCCAUCAACCAACACAUGGACCUUGAGAAGUUGCCCAUAGCGUGUGGGGCUGAGUUUAACUCGUACAUGGAUCAACAUGAAGAUGAAUGUCUCCCAGGCACUAGAACCGAGCUCCUUCACAAGAUUGCGGAGUGGGCUGUGUCGCCGGAAGGAAAAUGCAUAUUUUGGCUAAAUGGUAUGGCGGGUACAGGGAAAUCAACCAUUUCCCGAACAGUUGCAAAAUCCUUCAAACGGGACAAGUUAUUGGGAGCAUGCUUUUUCUUCAAGAGAGGUGAAGGGGAUCGAGGGAAUGCCAUGAAAUUUUUUCCAACAAUCACUAGACAAUUGCUACUCAGGCUUCCACGACUGAUACCUGGUGUCCGGAAAGCAGCCCAAGAUGACCCCGAUAUUGCAACGAAGUCACUUAAAGAGCAGUUUGAUAAGCUGCUUCUUCAACCACUCCUUGGCUUGAAACGGUCCGAUCGCCAGAUCACGACCAUGGUGAUAGUGAUUGAUGGGUUAGAUGAAUGUGAACUGGACAAUGACAUACGAGUCAUACUCCAAUUGCUGCCACAGCUGCAGGGGUUAAGCGGCGUGCGAGUACGGAUUUUCUUGACCAGCAGGCCUGAACUCCCUAUCCGUCUUGGAUUCUCGGAGAUUGCGAAUCAUGACUAUCAGGAUCUGGUUCUUCAUAAGAUUCCUGAGGCAGUUACCGCACGGGAUAUAUCCUUGUUUAUGAAUCACCGACUUUCGAGAAUUAGGACGGAACGGUCACUUCCUACCAACUGGCCUGGAGAGACGGAUAUUCAAGCUCUUGUGAAAUUGUCCGUCCCUCUAUUCAUCUUCGCCGCUACCGUGUGCCGUAUUUUUCAGGAUCCUCAGUGGGACCCUAUAGAGAAUCUCGCUGAGAUCCUCACCCAUCAAAGUGAGGGAUCUCAGCUUGACGGAACCUAUCUCCCCGUGAUGAAUCGAAUUCUCAGAAACCAAAGGGGGAAGCGGAAACAACGGCUGGUUCAAGAAUUUCAGGAGGUAGUGGGCACAAUUGUAAUGCUUGAAAGCCCACUCUCGAUUAUCUCACUCUCGAGGCUCAUUAGUCUCUCUGAGACUCUGAUCAACUUGAGACUAGAUUCAUUACACUCAGUCAUUCAUAUACCCGAUGAUAAGACAAUGCCAGUGCGGCUUUUCCAUCUAUCAUUUCGAGACUUCCUCCUUGAUCCGGAAACACGUGAGAAGACUCCACUAUGGGUGGACGAGAAAGAGAUACAUCAGAGAUUGACCUCACAAUGCCUGUCUCUAUGUAACAGUUUAAGUCGAAAUAUCUGUAGGCUGCCAAACGAGGGCAUUCAGCGUGUGGAGAUUGAUCCUAAGACUAUCAAUCACUAUCUCCCCCCAGAGCUACAAUACUCUUGUCGCUUUUGGGCACAGCAUCUAGUGCAAAGCAGAGACCCAUCUUCAAUGAUGCACUAUGCUUCGCUGUUUCUCCAGACGCACUUUUUGCACUGGAUAGAAGCAAUGAGCAUUCUAGGUCUUGCAUCUGAAGUUGUCGGGAUCAUUAGUCGGUUGCAGUCAGUCACAUAUUUGCCGGAAGUUCAAGAAACUUGGAGCGCAGAAAUACAGACUCUCGAGGGUCAUUCACACUGGGUUCAGUCUGUGGCAUUCUCUCCGGAUGGUCGGCUUCUAGUAUCCGGCUCGGUUGAUAAGACAGUUAGGCUAUGGGAUACCGCCACAGGUGUCCUGCUGCAGACUCUCGAGGGCCAUUCAAAUUGGGUUUGGUCUGUGGUAUUCUCCCCUCACGGUCGAUUCAUAGCAUCCAGUUCAGAUGACAACACGGUCAGGCUAUGGGAUACCACUACGGGCGUCAUACAGCAGAUUCUCGAGGGUCAUGCUGGUCCGGUUCGGUCUGUGGCGUUCUCUCCGGAUGGCCGACUCCUGGCGUCUGGUUCGGAUGACAAAACUAUUAGGCUCUGGGAGACUUCUACAGGUGCCCUACAGCAUGUUCUCGAGGGUUUAGAUGCAGUACGGACUGUGGCAUUCUCACCUAACGGCCGUCUUCUGGCGUCUGGUUCAGAUGACAAGACAGUCAAGCUAUGGGACACCACUACGGGCAUCCUGCAGCAGACUCUCGCGGGACAAUCUGGUAUAGUUCGGUCUGUGGUGUUUUCUCCUAAUAGCCAACUCCUGGCAUCCGCCUCAAUGGAUGAAACAGUCAGACUAUGGAAUACCACUACAGGUGCCGUACAGAAGACUCUCCGGGGCUAUUUAGAUUCGGUUCGGUCUCUGGCAUUCUCCCCUAACGGCCGAAUCCUAGCGUCCGGAUCGCGAGAUAAGAGAGUCAAGCUAUGGGAUACUGCUACGGGCGCCCUGCAGCAGACUCUCGAGGGCCAUUUGGAUUCAGUUCGAUCUGUGGCAUUCUCCCCCAAUGGUCGAUUGCUAGCGUCGGGCUCAGUUGACGAGACUGUUAGACUAUGGGAUACUGCCACAGGUGCCCUACCACAGACCCUAAUAGGCCACUCAGACUUGGUUCGGGCUAUGGUAUUCUCACCUAAUGGCCGACUCCUGGCAUCUGGUUCGGAUGAUAACACAGUCAGGCUAUGGGAUACAGCCACAGAUGCCCUACAGCAUACACUUAAGGGCCAUUCAAGUCUGAUUUUAUCCGUAGCAUUCUCUUCCAACGGGCCUGUCCUGGCGUCCAGCUCGGUUGAUAAGACAGUCAGAAUAUGGAAUACCACCACAGGCGCCCUACAGCUUACUCUCGAGAGCCAGUCAGAUUGGGUUCUGUGUAUAGCCUUUUCCCCUGACGGCCGGCUCCUAGCGUCCGGUUCGAAAGAUAAUUUGGUCAGGUUAUGGGUUACAGCCACGGGUGCUCUAUAUAAGACUCUGGAGGGCCAUUGGGGUUCGAUUGUCUCUUUGGCAUUCUCGCACGACGGCCAGCUCCUGGCAUCUGGCUCAGAUGACAAGACAGUUAAGCUAUGGCAUACCUCUACAGGCACCCUGCAGCAGACUCUCCAUGGCCAUUCAGAUUCAGUUCGGACUGUGGCAUUCUCUCCCAACGGCAGAAUCCUGGCCUCCGCCACGAUUCAUAUAGUCUUUCUCUGGGAUACUGCUACGGGCGCCCUACAUCGGACCGCGACGACCGGAGGAGUAGUCACUAACCUGGAAUUUCCCGAAGAUAGUUCAUAUCUGAGCCCCAAUCUUGGUUCCAUCAAUGUCCUACCCAUGAAUGGCAGUAAUACCUCUGGUUCACCUCUGGCAAAUUUCGAGAUUCUGGAGCGCCAGUGGGUGAUUUUUCAUGGCAAAAGGUUGCUUUGGCUUCCUCCUGAAUAUCGACCUAGCUGUUCAGCGUCCAAAGGUAGUACUCUCGCCCUAGGGCAGGCAUCGGGACGAAUUUCAAUCCUUGGAUUUUCUGCAUAG